AUGUGCGAGGACGCCGCGCUCGUGCUCACGGACGCUGGCGCAGCGCCGGAGCAGCUGCGGGGCCGCACCGUGCGGCUCGGCCCCAGGCCCUGCGGUGCCCCGGGCGGCGCCGCCCCGGGGGCCUUGUCGUUGCCAGAGCCGGGCGACGUGUGCAUGGUCGUCUACACCUCGGGGUCCACUGGGCGCCCCAAGGGUGCCGUGUGCGACCACCGCAACUUGUGGCACUCCGUCCUCUGCUUCGGCUCCAGCAUCGGUGUCUCCAGCGAGUCCCGGCUGCUCUGGAAGACGCCGUACCAGUGGCGCACCGCCGAGUAUGAGCUCUACCCCGCUCUGUGCGCGGGCGGGUCGCUCUGCGUCGCGGCGGAGGGCGCGCACAAACGCCCCGACUACAUAGCGAAGGUGCUGGGCGACUUCGGGGUGCACGCCCUCGUCACGGUGCCGACCGUGCUGGACAUGUUGCUGGGGCACCUCGACGGCGCUGGGGCGCUGGCGCACGUGGCCGCCGUGGGCGAGCCGCUCCCUUCCCGCGCCUGCCGCGGCUUCCUGAGGGGCGGCGGGCCCGUGCUCCAGAACUUCUACGGCCUGACGGAGACCGGCAUGACCGUGUGGCGCUGCGACCGCGAGCCCGCCGGCGCCACGGCGCCGGCAGGCCGCCCACAGCCGGGCGUCCGCGUCUGCGUGCUGAGGGGCGGCGGCCUCCUCGCGGCGAGCCCGCUGGAGGAGGGGGAGAUCUUUUUCGGCGGCAUCAUGGCGCUGGGCUACCUCGUCGGAGGGGCGCUCUCCGAGGACCACUUCGUCCCCGCGCCGCCCGCCAGCGGGCUCGGCGCCGGCGCGCGGCUGUUCCGGUCGGGCGACCUCGGGCGUUGGAACGACCGGGGCGAGCUGGAGGUGAUGGGCCGCGUGGACCGGCAGGUCAAGCUGCACGGCGUGCGCGUCGAGCUCCAGGAGAUCGAGGCCCAGCUCGUCGAGGGGCGCCUCUGCCGGGAGGCCGCCGUCGUUCCCGCCCGGGAGGACCCGCAGACGCUGGUCGCGUUCCUGGUGGGUGCGCCAGGCGGUUGCUCGGAGGAGCUCGGGAGCGCGCUGGCAGAACGGGUCCCCGCGUACAUGGUUCCGCCGCAUUUCGUCUCGCUUCCCGCGCUGCCUCGCCUGCUGAACGACAAGAUCGACCGCGACGCUUUGAGGGCCCACACGGUCGGCCUGGUGACCAGGGCACAGGCGAAGCGCAUGCUUGAGGACAGCCUCAGCGCGGGCGGGGAGGCCUCGGCGGCCUUGGUGCACUUUGUGGACUCACUGGGCUUCCAGCGGGCUGUUCAGCAGUCGGAGUUUGCGCAGCGCCGGCUACUCGACAACCUCCUUGCAUUCGGCAUGCUUAACGUCAUCCUGUUUCAUUGGUAUUGGUACGUCUUGGUAGUUCCUCGCACCUAUCUGACCCCGUGGGACGAGCAUAGGCCUGGUGAGACUGUGUCUCUUCCUCCGCUUCCUGUGGCAAGCUGGGUGACCUUCACUUACCGGAUGCUAACGCAGGAGUGGGUGAACGGUGCCUUCAUCAUAGUUGCUGUCCAUGAGCAAAGCCCCGCGGAACUCAAACGCUUCACCCUGCGUGACGCAGCCGUUAUUAUGUUGUAUUUCUAUGUCGCAUCGAUUCCGACGCUUCUGUCGUUAUUUGUUCCAGCACCUUGGAAUGAGUAUAUUUUGAGCGCCGAGACGAUCCAGCGUUGGUUUCUUCUGGUCUUGGCAUUGGGAAAGUCUUAUAUUUAG